UGGAGCCGACCGCCAGUUUAUAAAAGCUUUGUCUGGCUCUCCGCAGGCUACCCAGCCACUUUCCUCCGAACGUCUCGCUGUUGCCGCCGCGUUCGGAGAAGAGAACCUUGAGCUCCGCAACGUUCUAUAUAUAUACUUAAAGGAGCAGCGGCGUCCGGCUUUUAUUAUUAUUAUUAAAAACAGAAGUGCGGGCGAGGCAUUAAGAAGCAAAAGCCAAAAUGAGGGAAAUCGUGCACAUUCAAGCUGGGCAAUGCGGUAACCAGAUUGGCGCAAAGUUCUGGGAAGUGAUCAGUGAUGAACAUGGAAUCGACCCAACUGGAACCUACCAUGGUGACAGUGAUCUACAACUGGAUCGCAUCAGUGUUUACUACAAUGAGGCCACUGGUGGCAAAUAUGUGCCUCGUGCCAUCUUGGUUGAUUUGGAGCCAGGAACUAUGGACUCUGUGCGUUCUGGACCUUUUGGACAGAUAUUUCGACCAGAUAACUUUGUAUUUGGCCAGAGUGGAGCUGGUAAUAACUGGGCCAAAGGUCAUUAUACAGAAGGUGCCGAGCUGGUGGAUUCAGUCCUAGAUGUUGUGAGGAAGGAAGCCGAGAGUUGCGACUGCCUGCAAGGAUUCCAGCUGACCCACUCUCUCGGGGGUGGAACCGGUUCUGGAAUGGGCACCUUACUGAUCAGCAAGAUCCGUGAAGAGUACCCCGACCGUAUCAUGAAUACCUUCAGCGUGGUACCUUCUCCGAAGGUCUCGGAUACCGUGGUGGAGCCUUACAAUGCUACCCUCUCCGUCCACCAGCUGGUGGAGAACACAGAUGAGACCUACUGCAUCGACAACGAAGCCCUCUACGACAUCUGUUUCCGCACCCUCAAGCUGACCACUCCAACCUACGGGGAUCUUAACCACCUGGUCUCCGCCACCAUGAGUGGUGUAACGACCUGCCUCCGCUUUCCCGGACAGCUGAAUGCCGAUCUCCGCAAGCUUGCUGUAAACAUGGUUCCUUUCCCUCGGCUCCACUUUUUCAUGCCUGGAUUCGCUCCCUUGACCAGCCGCGGCAGCCAACAAUACCGGGCCCUCACCGUCCCCGAGUUAACGCAGCAAGUUUUCGACGCCAAGAACAUGAUGGCAGCCUGCGACCCCCGCCAUGGACGCUACCUAACGGUGGCCGCCGUCUUCCGAGGCCGCAUGUCCAUGAAGGAGGUGGACGAACAGAUGCUGAACGUGCAGAAUAAGAACAGCAGCUACUUCGUGGAAUGGAUCCCCAACAACGUCAAGACGGCCGUGUGCGACAUUCCUCCCCGUGGCUUGAAAAUGGCGGUCACCUUCAUCGGCAACAGCACGGCCAUCCAGGAGCUCUUCAAGCGCAUCUCCGAGCAGUUCACAGCCAUGUUCCGCCGUAAAGCUUUCCUGCAUUGGUACACAGGCGAGGGCAUGGACGAGAUGGAGUUCACGGAAGCGGAGAGCAACAUGAAUGACCUUGUCUCUGAAUAUCAACAAUACCAGGAUGCCACAGCUGAGGAAGAGGAGGAUUUUGGAGAAGAGGCGGAGGAAGAAGCCUGAGGUUAAAUCUCACGCCCUUUCGACUCCUGUUUCGAUACGUUUUCACAAAAUAGAAAAUAAAAAAAAUUGUACCUCCACCCUCUGUUUCCUUCUCCUUCUUCAAAACCUAACCUGUCCGCUCUCUUCUCAGACUUUUCUUUCAGGGCAGCCUCUUAAUAGGGGUUUAAAGUUGGUUUGGCUUUUACGUGUAGUACUUCUUUAGUCAUGGCAGGUACCCAGUAAAAUCGGGUCAGAGGAGGCUGUGUGAGACACAGGGAAAAGAUGCAGUUCCUUCCUUGCCUAUAAUUCUUAUUGUAUUUAUUAUUCCCCAACCUUCCAAUUUAUCUGUUGCGAACAAAUGAAAUUGCAGCUUUAAGGGCCUCCAGUUACAACAAGGAAGUAGGCAGUUUGGAACAGACUUGUUUAGGGGAAAGCAGAUAUCUUUAAAAGUGGAACCACUUUCCUUGUUCUGCCAACUGCUCCUUUCAUAUUCCUGGCUUUGCCGUAAAGGCAUUCGUCCCUCUGUAUCUGCAAUGGAAAAAUUGUGUGGGUUGGAUUUGGCUCUUUCCCCCCCUUCAUCAGUGUUCAUGUCCCAUCUGUCCACCCCACCCAGCUUAGCCUACUCGGGGUUGACGUGUUUCAAAUCUCUGACUAAAUCUAAGGAUGUUUAUCACACAGCUUCAUGACUUGCCAAAAAUAAAAAAAAUAAAAGUAAUAGACCAGCCUCAAAAGUACUGUUUUGCUCCCUAAAAUGGGCAUUUGUCCAGACUUUUAGCUUUAAUCUUACUCCUAAUCUUAGCUGAACUAUUGAUUGAACGUUGCUAACCUCUCUUCUUUUGAUUGCAAUUCCAUCCAUGUUCCAAAGAAGUGUCCUAUUUGCAAAAUGUCCUAAAUAACAUUCGAGACUUGCCUUGACAAUGAAGGCAGAGAAGCUAAAGGCCUUUUUGGGGACGGUGUCGGUUUUGGACCAUAAAGGUACAUGCAUGUUUUAAGAAUGAAUUUUAAUGUAGGGCAGUGGUCAUCAACCUUA